GUAUAGCUACUCUGAAGUUCGUUUUGUCGCACCCAAGUGACGAUUCGUCACUCCUUCCGUCGCUUCGCUUCAACAGCCAACAGUGGAAAUCCCGACGAGCGUGCUCGCUCUAAUUUGACAUCCACUGAAGCGCACUGCGAUCCAUCGCGACUCGGAUUUCCAGCCCUUCGCCCUAAAUUCUUCUAAAAGCGUCAAAUUUAACUUGAGUCCAUCGAUGGAGCUCAUACGACACAGCGUCGGCGGUAUUUCGCCCUCAAUCGCGUAUUUUCUACUUCUCCUGGCGGUCAUAUUCAAUACAUUUACGAAUUGUGCCGCCGCGGAAGGCGGCGCUGCAAUUUCCGUUCCCGAGCUGUCCUCCUAUUCCAGCGUGGCGGUAUUGGAUACGCGCUUCGAGCUCUUCUGGUCCGUCAACAACAGCGACGCGACCAUCCACGUGGCGGCCAGAGCCAAAACGGCGGGAUGGCUCGCUAUAGGCAUCUCCGAGAUUGGAUCCAUGGUUGGAUCAGAUGCGCUCGUUGCUUGGGUGGCGGAGAGCGAAGGCCGCGUGUACGCGACGGACCGAUUCAUCUUCAACAAGACAACCGCGGGAGUCGCGUUGGACGAUCAGCAGGACUGGAAGGUGCUGGGCGGCAGCCAGACCACCAACCAAUCCACGGGCGACACGUGGACCACCGUGCACGUGUGGCGCCACCUCGACACGGGAGACUGCAACGACCGUCCGAUCGUGCCUGGGAAGCUUCACAGCCUCAUCUGGGCCGUUGGUUCCACGGAUGACGUCAGCUACCAUGGCUCCACCCGCGGCGCGUCCUCUCUCGUGCUCGCUCCAGCUCCCGGCCCCUCAAUUCUCUCCCCACCGCCUCCCUCCUCCGCUUCUGGAUCGGAUUCCGGUACUGCUGCUUCUGGAUUGAUUGGCCGUUUAGCAGCACUGCAGCAGCAGCAGCAGGAGCAGAAGCAGCAGCAGCAGAGCAUGCUCAAUGUCACGUUCACGGGUUACCGCGUGCCGACAAACCACACCACAUACAUGUGCAAGGUGGUGGACGUUCCUCUGAAGGUCAAGACCCAUGCGAUUGAAUGGGGCGCCGUGCUCAACUCGACCGACAUCUCAGCCGUCCAUCAUUCCAUCAUCUACGGCUGCAAAUCAGACGAGUUCGCCAAUCUCCCCCCCGCCAAUACUGUCUUUGACUGUCUGCACGACACUCCCUGCGCCACCACUGUGGCAAUGUGGGCUGUGGGGGGAGGCCGUUUACGCUGCCGGACAAUGUCGGCUACCCCAUCGGCCCGGGUUACUUCACCAAGUUCGUGCUGCAGGUGCACUUCACCAACCCCACCGCCCGUGCCGACAUCAUCGACAACUCUGGCAUCUACCUGAAGCUAACCCCCUCUCCCCGCCCCAUGGACGCGUCCAUCAUGCUGGUCGGCCCCGUGGCGUAUGACUACCUCAUCAAGAUUCCCCCCGGCAUGCCGUCUUGGACGCAAGUCAGCACGUGCCCCGGUGCAUGCACCAAGGCCGUGUUCAAGAACGAGAGUGUCAAGAUCAUUGGGUCGGUGCUGCACCUGCACACGCUGGGACGACAGAUGUUCACUGACGUGAUCAGGGGCGGCAGCAAGGUCAGCACCAUCAACCGCCAAGACUACUACGACUUCGCCUCCCAGCAGACGGUGCCCACUCUCCCUGAGUUUGAGCUCCUGCCAGGCGAUGAGCUGCGCACAACGUGCGUGUGGGACUCCUCUACCCGCACCAAGGUGACGAUGGGAGGGCCGUCAACCGAGGAGGAGAUGUGCAUUGACUACCUGGUGUACUACCCAGCAAGGCAGGGCCAAGAGAUGAACUCGUGCUUCGACUUCUGCGUGGACAGCACCACAUUCGCCACGGACCCCACCUCACCCAACCUGGCCACCUUCUACCUCUGCGGCACAGGGGAUAGCAGCAUCAUCCCCUCCAAUAAGAAGUGCACGAUCGAUUACGGCGCGAACGUGCCGCUCUCCACCCUCAACGGGUGUCCCGCUCAGACCCAGGUAUCCCUGGCAAACAUUCCAUCUGAGACACUCUCCGCACCGGCCACUGCCCUCUCUCCUCCUGCCCCUGCUGCCCUUGCAGCCCCUGCCACCCCUGCUGCUUCACCCCCCGCCCCUGGUACCAGUGGAAAGGCGGCCCCAACAUCAUUUCAACUUGUCCCCGCGGCAAUUGUCUUGGCUGUACUCUGCUCGUUCCUUGCCCUUCUCUGAAAUAGCAGCGAUGAAUAUAUACUAUUCCAAUAGAGGUGUUCCAGUAGCAAUGGUACUGGUACUGGACCAGGGCGGGCCAAUAUUGGAAGCGAAGCAUUGUUGAUUGCAAUGUUCAAUAGAUUGAGUUGAGUUAUAUUCAACAAUAUUUUCCGGAGGGU